UCUUGACGUUUAUUCAUCGCGUAGACGCAACUGUACAAGUCAGUAGUAACAACUAACAGAAUAUUGCCGCCCUCUUAUAAGCGACAGGCUGUGUUUAAAGUCAACGUGCUCCUUCUCUCCCACUUUCUAUAUAUACAUAUAUAAUAUAUAAUAUAUAAUAUAUAAUAUAUAUUUAUUUACAUCAUAUAAAUUAUACGAUGGAUGUAUUCCUUGGAAAAUGGACAGAAAUCAAAGAAGAUGUGGAAUCUUACCGUCAAUUCAUAGAAAAAAUGGGGGUUCCAAAAGAAACAGCAGAAAAAAUUUUAAAAUAUAGAGGAUUUUUUGAAUUGAAAGAAGAUGGCGAGCUGUUUAAAGCAAUUACGGGCUACGUAGAAGAUCCUAGUUUAAAUAAAACAUAUAAUUUCAAGAUGAAUGAAACUUUCACUGAUACAGAUAACUUUGGACAAAAAUUUACUUUGGUUUGUAAAGUUGAAGAUGGCAAAUGGUACGAUAAAUGCACUAACUACUAUAAUCAAGCAACGAUUGAGAGUGUCCGAGAAGUUGUUGGAGAUACAUUGAUAGUGACAACGACUUGUGAUGGACAGACAAUGGUUUCAAAAUUCAAAAAAUAAUAAAAAUUAAGAAGAAAAUGAAAUUUGCAAAAAAUGCACUUGCGAAUAUAACAUAAUAAUAAUAAUAAUAAUAAUAAUAAUAAUAAUAAUAAUAAUAGGAAUUCCUAACUGGAGGGUUGAUUAAAAUAACCCAAGUAUUUUGCUGAUACAUAUUGUAAUAAACUGGAAGACUGGAAGACAAAAUCACAUUUGGCUGGAUUUAAAUUAGAAAGACAAAAUAAUGGAAUUAAAUACUGUAAAACCAUUUUGUUAGCUGUUCUAUUGCUUCAAACAACAUCAACAAUAACAAUUGUAAUAUUAACAUCAAGUCUUCUUAAAUAAAAAAACAAACAAUUAUAUUGUUUAAUUA